GGCUCGCGGCACGGUGGGGCCUUAUUCGCGGCUGUGGGGUGUUUGUCACCGCUACGGCGGCAACGGCACAACACGGGGCCCAGCCAGGAGGGCGCAGGGAAGCGUCCCGGCUGGGCGGCUCGCCGCCCGGCUGUCCGACACCGCGCCCGGGACCCCCCCAGGAGCCUGGGGAGGCGCGGCUCUCCCGCCGGCCGGCCCGGCCCCCACCUACCGGGCCCGUUACUGGCGGCCGCCCGCGCCCCCGCACGGGUCUCGAGGCGGUGGCGGGUGCGGAGCUGCCCCUCGCGGCGGCGGCUGCGCGCGGAGUGCGCCUGCGCGCGGCGCGGGCAGGGACGUGGCCCGGCUGCCGGGGCCGGCGGAGGGCGGCGAGGCGCUGGGGAGGGGGGGAGCUCGGCGGCGCUGCGGGGGACGCCGAUGCUCGCACCUCCCGGCCGCGGGCAACGCUUCCAAGGUGGCGACAGACAAGGUUGCAGGAAAGCUGAGCUCUACUCUCUCAUGGGUGAAGAACACUGUAUCGCACACCGUCAGUCAAAUGGCCAGUCAGGUGGCAAGUCCAUCUGCCUCAUUACACACUACAUCCUCCUCUACCACUCUGUCUACACCCGCGUUAUCACCGUCCUCACCAACACAGCUGAGUCCUGACGACUUAGAAUUACUUGCUAAACUUGAGGAACAGAACAGACUCUUGGAAACAGAUAGCAAAUCCUUGCGAUCAGUAAAUGGGUCAAGAAGAAAUAGUGGAUCUUCUCUUGUAUCUAGUUCAUCAGCUUCUAGCAAUCUCAGCCAUCUUGAAGAAGACUCAUGGAUUCUGUGGGGGAGGAUUGUGAAUGAAUGGGAAGAUGUACGGAAAAAGAAAGAAAAGCAAGUUAAGGAGCUUGUUCGAAAAGGGAUACCUCAUCAUUUCAGAGCAAUUGUGUGGCAACUCUUGUGCAGUGCUCAAAGCAUGCCAAUUAAGGAUCAGUAUUCAGAGCUUUUGAAAAUGACAUCUCCUUGUGAGAAAUUAAUAAGAAGGGACAUUGCUAGGACAUACCCUGAACACGAUUUUUUUAAAGAAAAAGACAGCCUUGGACAGGAGGUCUUGUUCAAUGUAAUGAAGGCUUAUUCUUUGGUGGAUCGUGAGGUUGGAUACUGUCAAGGAAGUGCUUUUAUUGUUGGAUUACUGCUUAUGCAGAUGCCAGAAGAAGAGGCAUUCUGUGUGUUUGUUAAAUUAAUGCAAGAUUACAGACUACGAGAACUCUUUAAACCAAGCAUGGCUGAACUGGGCCUUUGUAUGUACCAGUUUGAAUGCAUGAUACAGGAGCAUCUUCCGGAGCUUUAUGUGCACUUUCAGUCUCAGAGUUUCCACACUUCUAUGUAUGCAUCGUCAUGGUUUUUAACUAUAUUCCUUACAACUUUUCCACUACCAGUUGCAACAAGAAUAUUUGAUAUCUUUAUGUCUGAGGGUUUAGAAAUAGUAUUUCGAGUAGGUUUAGCAGUACUUCAGAUGAACCAAGCAGAAUUACUGCAACUUGACAUGGAAGGAAUGUUACAGCACUUUCAAAAGGUCAUUCCACAUCAGUUUGACAGUGGUCCAGACAAAUUAAUCCAAGCAUCUUACCAAGUCAAAUACAAUGCAAAAAAGAUGAAAAAGUUAGAAAAGGAAUACACUACUAUAAAGACAAAAGAAAUGGAAGAACAAGUUGAAAUUAAAAGGUUACGGACUGAGAAUAGACUCCUAAAACAGCGCAUUGAAACAUUAGAAAAAGAAAGUGCUUCCUUGGCAGAUAGAUUGAUACAGGGACAAGUGACAAGGGCUCAGGAGGCUGAGGAAAACUACCUCAUAAAACGGGAGCUGGCCACCAUCAAACAGCAGAGUGAUGAGGCCAAUACUAAACUGGAGCAAGCUGAGAAUACCAUCAGGGAGCUCCAACAGCAGCAGCAAUGGCAUAAAUGCAGUUCACGAUACAGUGAAGACUUUGUGCUACAGCUGGAAAAAGAGCUGGUCCAAGCCAGGCUGAGUGAAGCAGAAUCCCAUUGUGCCCUGAAGGAGAUGCAAGAUAAAGUUCUAGAGAUGGAAAAGAGGAACAGCUCUCUCCCUGAUGAGGAAAAUGUUGCUAGACUACAAGAAGAACUGAUUGCAGUAAAAUUAAGAGAAGCAGAAGCUCUGAUGGGUCUCAAAGAACUAAGGCAGCAAGUCAAAGAUCUGGAGGAACACUGGCAGCGUCACUUAGCUCGUACUAGUGGAAGAUGGAAAGAUCCUCCCAGAAAAAACACAGUGAAUGAACUACAGGAUGAGCUGAUGACAGUGCGAUUGAGAGAAGCAGAAACUCAGGCUGAACUGAAGGAGACCAAACAAAGAAUGAUGGAGAUGGAAACACAGAAUCAGAUCAAUUAUAACCAUUUACGAAGGGCAGAGCAAGAGGUUACCAACUUGCAGGGGAAGGUACAGUAUCUUUCUGCACAGAACAAAGGACUUCUUGCUCAGUUGAAUGAAGCAAAGCGUAGACAAGCAGAAAUUGAAUGCAAGAGUAAAGAAGAAGUGAUGGCAGUACGGCUCCGCGAGGCAGACCGCAUUGCAGCUGUAGCUGAACUCCAACAGCAUAUUGCUGAAUUAGAAAUCCAGAAAGAAGAAGGAAAAAUUCAAGGGCAGCUUAAUAAAUCUGAUUCUAACCAGUACAUCAGAGAACUGAAAGAUCAGAUAGCUGAGCUGCAUCAUGAGUCAGCAUCAGGUAAGAAGGUUUCUUCUGAGGUUCUAGGAUCUGAUUGUUAUCCUUUUUUCAGCUCUACUGAGUUUGUGAAAGUAUACUGUUCCCUGCUAAGAGUAUGUACAAUUAAAGUCUUUUCAUAUGUUGACCAGUAGGACAUACAGUUUGUCUUUAAAAUGCUGAACUCUUUAGGCACAAGAAGAUAUAUAAGUGCAAGUAUUAUUAAGAUUCUGUUCUUGAUUUGGCUGGGUUUUGAAGGGAUAAUGAUAUACAUUUUGGUCGCGUAAUGUUAUUAACCCUUUGAAAUGUCCUAAAGAUCACGUGAAUGUGCAGUAGUGAAAACUGGGUUGAAGCUGCAGUCAUCUAGACAAUACGACCUGGAUUUGAGGCUUAAAAGCAAAACAUGUGGGUUUACCAGACCUGUUUUUUUUACAGAUGUGAUCAGAUUGACAUUCUUGCGAAACUGAAGCAGUAAGAAACAGCCAAGGUUCAUUUGAAUGUCACUUGUUGGGGUGACAGAGGUCUAAUUCUCUUCACAUGAUGGAGGGCCAGACGCAAAACUGAGAGGCUUUAACCAAUAUUGGCUCUUUGUACAAAAGAGAACAGAAUUGAUGGACGUUGGGAUAGAAGUCCAUACUCUUCAACAUUGCUGCAAGAAAAAGGGCUGUUCUUUUUCCUUCAGGUAGAAUGAUAAGGAUAGAGUAAAACUAGGGUUUGGGGGGAGUUGGUGGUGGUAUGGUGUUUGGGUUGGGUUGUUGCCACCCCCACCUUCUCCCCCAAGUCCUUAGUUGGAUUUCCCAUUAUCUUGAUAUGCUUGGCUACACAAACGACAAGAUCUUGGUGUAAUGCUUUACUUCCUACUUAAAGCUCUUUUUCUAUGUUAAAAUAAAACACUGAUAGCAAGAAUCUCAAGAAAUCUCUCUUAAAAAGGUGACAGAUGAGCUUCAAUGUGAAUAAGGUAAUUCAUCAGUUGCAAAAUCUAAGACAUAUCUACACAAUGGCAAACACAGAAUUGGUAGUUACAAAUCAGGGAAGAUAUUUGAGUUGCUGCUGAGAGUCCUCUGACAUCAUUGGCUCAGUGUGCAGCAGCAGCCAAGACAAUGUUGGGCAUCAGUAGAAAGUAUUUUUAAAAGAAAAUAAAGGGGUUUAUAUUGCCACUACAAAACCUCGAUGCCGGGCUGGUCUCUGUACCUCAGGAUGGAUGUAGAGAGUUUAAAAAACGUCUGUAGCGAAGUUAAAGGGCAACUAAAAUGAUCAGUGAUCUUGAGCACUACCUGUUGUGAGAGGCUAAAAAGGCUUGGGACUCUUCUGUUUUAGAGAGAAGGCUGAGGGAGGCAUUACGAUGUAAGUUUCAGAAUCAUGACUGGGACCUGCUUUUCACCACUUGUUCCUGCAUUACUAGAAUUCAGAGGCAAUUCCUGAGACAAGUAAGAGUAGGUUAAAACAACAGAAUUUCUGGAACUUACUGCCACAGGAAGCUGUGGAGGUGGACAGCAAAUAAUAAAAAAAAAAAUAUCAGUCAUGGGCAACUGGUCUAUAAAUGAAUGCUGAAACAACUAGGAAGAGAUGCACUCUCAUAUCUGCUAUAACAGUUUCUGGACAAGUGAGUGGGGGCUUGGGAAUAUGAAGGGAAUGGAUUGCAAAAAUUUGUUUAUAUUUACAUACUUUCCCUUAAAAACAAAACAAUAUGAAAGUGCUGUUGUCACUGUUGGAGACAGACUAUUAGGCUGAUGGACUAUUGCCCUGAGCCAGUAGGACACUUCUUACAUUCCCAUCUUGAAAAAAGAUUAUGCUUUUUCUCUAAGAAGUGCAGAGCCUCACUUGCUAGAUUGCAAAGUUAUGAGAGAGUACAAAACCUUUCAUUUUAAGAAACUGUUUUUAUUUUAAAGCCUUAAGGUGGUAUAGCCACUGGUAUCUAAUUGCAUUGGAGUGCAUGCUGUCUAUGAGUUGUUCCAAAUGCUUUGAGAGGCUUUACAAAGCUUUUCUGCUACAACAGAAAUUGCAGAUAAUUAGGCUCCUUCAGAAAUGCUCCUGAACAAAUGUUAGAGUGAGGUGCCCCUGAAGCAUCUUCAACUCUGAAACUACACAAAACUGAAAAUAGUGCGCAGCUCUUCACAACCUAUUCUGUUAGGUAUUUUUAAUUUCUUGAAGGUUAGUUGCUUUCAUCAACAUUCACAUUAAAAAAAAAAAUAAGAUGCAAACCACGUUCUACCUUCCACUGAAAACCAACUCGUUUUAAGUAUUUUCAAGAUUAAAGUGACAUAUUUCUAAUUGUAAAAUAAAAGUAACAUUCUAUUGCAGACUAGGUUUUGUGAUAAGUUCAUGUACUGACACUUAAUGUAACAAAAAUGUGUUAACUGAUACAUUUGGGUUCAAAUGACAGCAUUUACAUUCUUAAGUGCAAUAAUUUUGGCAGGUAUGAAGUAUUUCAAUUUCUCAAACUCAAAAUGGCUGCCAUAAGAACAGUAAUAUGCAUCCCCCAUGCUUUUCAGGCAUCUCACUGACUUGUAAUCUAUCUUUCAGGUUGGAAGGGACCCUGGGAGGCCUCUAGUCCAACUGCCUGCUCAAAACAGGAUCGACACUGAAUUCAAAGCAGGUUCCUUAGGGCUUUGUCAGUUGGGUCUUAAAGCUCACUGAGGAUGGAGAGUCCACAGCCUCUGAAUAACCUGUUCUAAUUCUUAACUAGCCUUGUAGCAAUUACUUUCCCUUCAUGUUCAAAGACAACCUUGUGUUUUGUGUUAUGAUCAGUAUCUCUUCUCCCACCAUGCAUUUCAGUAAAGAACCAGUUAGUUAUCUUAAGGCAUAAGCUCCUGCCCCUUGACUGUCUUGGUGCCUCCCCACUGAAUCUACUCAUGAAUGUCUUUUACUGAGUGAGGUAGCAAGUGCAGAAUAGGACAGAUGCAGUCUAACAAGUGCUAAUAAGAACUGGUUACCAUGAUGUACUGGCUAUGCCCUUAUCAACAAAGCCUUGUAUGCUGUUAGCCUUUGUCCCUGCUCAGGGACACUGCUGAUCCCUGUUCAGCAUCCUGUAUGUCGGAACACCCAUGUCGUCUUCAGCAGUGUUGUUAUCCAGCCUGUAGAUCCCCAUAAUACAAACAAAUUUUAUGCUACAGUGUUUGUCUGUGCUUCUGGCUGAGAUGGCCAUUUUUCAAGCAGAGAACUUUUGGAACUAUAUGACCACAGAUAGACUUGUUGCAUAUAUUCUCUACAGUACGUUCAUGUUUCUGCCUAGCAGUCUGAUUCUCCUUGGAUGUGAGAAGUACUUGAGAAAAAGGGCAAGCAAGUGUAAAGCUGCAGGUGAAAAGAAGUAUUUCUGGAAGGUCAGAGAUUGUGCAUCCUUUCAUUAGAAUAACAAAAGAUAACAACACACUGUUUUCCCAGACUCACUUUAGGAAUUGGCAAAGGCUGUGUCUCUUCAUGAUUUUUUUUCACCAGCAGCAUUUUCCACAGACUCUCACUUGGUGUUUGGAAAGGCAGCUGCCUAAAACCAUGAAGCCAUGAUUUUGUCAUGUUACCUAAAUAUAUUCAUCUAAAGGUAUCAUGUGUUGAAGUCUUCAGGAAAACAGUUGAGGUCAUUGGCUUGGCUUUCUGAAUGUUCAAAACAACUGACAUUGCAUAUCAGCUUUAUAAUUUCAGGUGAACCAAUGGCUUAAUUGUGCAGACCUAAAAGCAUAUAAUUUCUUACUCUAAUAUAAAAUUCGUAGUCACUUGUACAGCGGGGCUUUUUUUCUGUGGUGAGGGUGGAGAGAAAUUGUUGGGUUUCGUUUUGUUUUUCUGUGUUUUUAUUUUCUUAGUGACUAAAAUUGAUAGCUGUUUUGGAAACUUCAUGUGGCAGCUAAUCUGAUCGUACUGCAGGAUAUUUUUAGGGAUAAUAUUUCUAAAUAACACAAGAAUCUCUGUAUCAGGUUUUCUGUAUAUAAGCUAGUAAACAUUAUUCCAGAUACAUGUUACUGUCCAGUACCUAAUAUUUGACAUAAGCUGAUUUUGCUUACAUCAUGAAUUAUGCUGUACAAGUGUGGAACUCUGUGUUGCUUGCCUUUACACAAGCAAGUUCCUUAUGAGACAAUUGCAGCCUAUAUGUACAUGAAGAAAAUGCAAAAAACUAAUACUAGUACAUGUAGUUACAAGCAAGGUUUAGAUCUACAGCACGUACCCAUAUUCCUAACAGGGAUGUUUUGAUACCUGUUAAAAGCUGGAGCUUUUACAUGCUGUUAACGUACAAUUUGAUGGCUUCUAGCAUGAUUAUGACUCUUGUGAUCUUUUUUUCAACCCCUUUUUUAUUCUCAUCUUUUGCACAAGCCCAUGGUAAGUACAGAUAUUCCUGGUUCCCCAAAUGGACAGGUAAAAUCUUCUAUUAGUGUCAGUAGCAAGGACCUACAUGCACUUUUUAUUUAUCAAAGUGAAUAUUGCAUCAGAUUUCUGAAACAUAAAAUAGAUUUGUGUAAAGAAGCUCUUCAGGCUUUUUCUUCUUCCUAUUUUCCAGGUCUCUGUUACUGUGAAAAGUUGCUUACAAAAUAGCACUUCGUGCAUCUUCCUUUUUAAGCUUCCAGAGUGACAUUAGGAAGUUUCUGUAAUGCAUUUUUAAUGCUUGUUUUGUAUCCUUAGGAUUUUUUUAUCUUAAUACUCUUAGACUGUCAAACUGACCCUGAGGUAGUUGCUACUGAAAGCUAACAAUUAAAUUCCAGAAAAAAUAACCUCAGGAAUGACUUCCAUGAGUUGCAGUUAUUUUCACUAAAUUAACAGGGGACUUACCAAGCUUCAGAGCUUUAGGUUUUGCUUUUGAAUAGCUUGAAUCCAUGGUUGUAAUAAUUGUAAUACUCCACAGUGCAUUUUGAAUUUAAAUGUUAUCAUAUCUGUCCAUGGUCUGACAAUGAUUUUUGUCAUGUUUGAUAUUCUCUUAAAAUUGAAACUACAAUCUAUUAAUGCAAUACAAAGAGAAGUUUCUCUUGUAUUUCUUGAUCUGAAAUUUCAUUGAGUCUGAACUAGAUAAUGAAAAGACACCCAAUCUUGCAGUAUAGACAGAAAUAAAUAUAUUUUCUGGGUUUUUUCUUUUUUUUUUUUUCCUGUGGGUGUGUGAAACUGGCAAUAUUCACUUGGGACCCUGCUCUUUGGGACUGGAGGAGGGCUUUGCUCAAGUGAGAAGUUAGGUGAUUAAGGGAAAGAAUGGAGCUAUAAAAGUAAGAUGUGAAGGCCAAAAGUGCUGUCAAAACAAACAGGCCACUAGAAAACUAACUAUAAACCAUCCUCGUGGGGAUAUUAAAGAUGCAGUAAAUAGCCUGGAGGAAGCUGUCAUUAGUGAUUCUAGGUACCUUGAUUAUUAAGCCUUAAAACUGAAAUGCUCUGGGGAUAGAAGGAGAAUUUUGAAAAAUUCCAAGUGUUAUUUAAGAUAGUCUUUCAAGGUCUCUGCUUGGGCAGACAGAAGUGAGAAGUCACUUCACUCUGAUUCCAUCUGAGUUUCAAAGUGAUCAUCAAAUACGCUACUUCUAGAUCUAGUAUUUAAUUUAAUAAUCCAGUAAGAGUUCAAUGAGACACUUCUUGGAAAUGUGGUGGCUUUGGUUUUUUGGUUUAUUUUUACUUGCUGGACUCUUCAGCUCUGAUUAACUGUUAACUUCUGCUUUUUCUAACAGAUCAAAUGUCUAAAAGGCCAGAGAGACUUCUCAGACCAACCCACUUUUGAUGGGAUUCACAUUGUCAACCAUUUCACAGGAGACGAUGAAUCAUUUCAUUCUUCUGAUGAAGAUUUUAUAACUAACUCCAUACAGGAGAGU